UUGCUUUCCUAUCUUUCCAUCUUUUACCAUUUUCUCUCGCUCUCUAUUUAUCUCUAACUCUUUCUUUCUCUCUGUCUUUGGUCUUCAAAGUAAAUUAUACCAGAAGUUGAAACACGACCACUAAGAACUUUACUUCAUCUCUCACCCUCUCCCUCUUUCUCUUUUUCUCUUUUUCUUCUCUCUUUUUCUCAUUCUCUACUCUCCUUUCCUACCACCCUGCCACUUUUUCUCCCCACUUCUCUAACUAGCUCUCUCUCUGUAUAUAUAGGUGUGUGUGUGUAUGUGUGUAUGCAUUUGAAAUGUGAACAUAUAUAUAAUUUGUAGAGCUAAGAACACUGUAGCAUACAGUUGUGGAAACAAGAAUUCGGACAGAAGACUGUCCAAAGAGAGGCCAAGAAAUAAAAGAAAACAAAAAGAUGUUAACAACAAUAAUAAAUAAGAAAAGAAAUAAAUAAGAAAUCUAACAAAUUCAAAUCACCCCAAAGUCAAAAGGAUUAAGAGAUUAACCACAUGAUUUAAAACACCAGAUUGAAAGAAAAACAAAAAAACUUCAUACCACUGAAUUUUCACUUUAGUUCCAUUCAUUUAUAUUCAAGAAAUAUUCCAGUUAACAAACUUUAUGAAAUUCUAUAGAAUCCUCACUUUAUAUUUGUAUACCUGUGGAUGGAUUUAACUUCUAGCACAUAGUAAUUUCUUUCACUUUGUAUUUCAUAAGAGUUUGUUGUUUCUGGAAUUUAAGGAAUCAUGUCAAACCAAAUGAACUUUUGUCUUUUGUUAAUAUGUCUUUUUGCAUACAAUGUUGCUGGUAAUGAUUGCAUUCAUGAGAAAAGAUGUGGGAGUUGCAUACAACGCAAUGGGACAUGCAGCUGGUGCCUCUCCCCUGAUUUUCAUGGUGCCUCAAGAUGUGAAACCAGAGGAACUUUACUGAGAGAAGGCUGUUCUGAAAGUUCAAUCUAUCAGUCUGUGAAUGCAGCUCAUUUGAAAAAGAAUAGAAGAGCUACAAAGAAGAGACUUUUGAAACCUCAAAGAGUUGUUCUACAACUUGUGCCAAAUACUGGUUAUGUUUUGCCUGUGAAAGGGUUUUUAAUACAAAAAGAUGCCCAUAACCGUUUGGGAGGUGGCAUCACAUUACUUGUUAAUGCACCAAAGCCUUUAAAGGUAGUAAUGAAAAGUGACUGUAAUCAGAAAUAUAAAACACAGAUUGAAACAUCGUCUUGUUAUGGUAUCCAUAAUGGGCAAGCAGUAACGUUCUCUUUUGUAGUCAGUACAGAAAAGUGUUUUCCCAAGAAAAAAGUGAUCAAAGUCAAUGUUAAAGGCAUAAGGAAACCCCAAAUGAUUAUUUAUGUCAAAACCAAGUGCAACUGUGAUUGUGAAUUAAAAAAACCAACGGUUAACAGCGACUUUCAUUGUAAUGGGAAUGGUAAAAUGGUAUGUGGACAAUGUGAAUGUUCAAAGCAAACACAAGGAAAGAACUGUGAAUGUCAUAAAUCUCAGAACAUUGAUGAGAGAAAUUGUAUAAAACCUGGAGACCAAUUGGUUUGUUCUGGCCAAGGAAAGUGUCACUGUGGAUCCUGCGAGUGUUCACCAGAUGUUAUGAAAACUAAUCGGUACAGUGGAAGGUUUUGUGAAUGUGACAAGCUGGGAUGCAGAAAAUACAAUAAUUCCCUCUGUGGUGGUCCUACCCAUGGUAAAUGUGUAUGUGGCAAAUGUGCAUGCAAAAACCAGUAUACUGGAGAAGCAUGUGAAAUUGAUGUCCGCACCAAGAACUGUCUCUCAUCAAGUGGACAAUUGUGCAGUGAUCGUGGGAAGUGUAUUGGAAAUCAGUGCCAAUGUGAAACACCAUUUUCUGGUAAAGUCUGUGAAAGAAGAGAGGAGUUUGUUGUAGAUUUGACUGUCCAUUGCAUCAAAAGUGGUACAACUGAUAUCUGUUCAAAUCAAGGCAAGUGUGUUCAAGGUUAUUGCCACUGCAAUAAAAUACCAAGAACUAAUCAACUCUACCGUGGAUUGUACUGUGAGUGUGAUGAUACCAGCUGCCCUACUUCAAAUGGAAAGAUUUGUGGAGGUGUUAGCCAUGGUUCCUGUGUAUGUGGUAAAUGCUCAUGCCAACAGCAGUAUAGUGGAGACGCAUGUGAAGCUGACCAAAGCAAUACGAAAUGUCUUUCACCAAAUGGACAACUGUGCAAUGGACAGGGAAAUUGUAUUCAAAAUCGGUGCCAGUGUAAAUCACCAUAUUAUGGUAGACUCUGUGACAAGAAGCAGGUUGUAAGAAAUUAUUUGAACACCCAUUGCAUUGAAAGUAAAUCAUCAGUUAUCUGCUCAAACAGAGGUAGAUGUUCAAGAGGAUUUUGCCGAUGCAAUAAAAUACCUAGAACUAAUCAAGUAUACACUGGAAAAUAUUGUGAAUGCGAUGAUACCGACUGCCCUACUUCUAAUGGAAAGAUUUGUGGAGGGAGAAACCACGGAAAUUGUAAAUGUGGAAAAUGCCAGUGCCAACAGUCAUAUAGUGGGAAAGCAUGUGAAGUUGAUCAAGCUAAUCAAAACUGCUUAUCAUCAAAUGGAGAACUGUGCAGUGGACAUGGAAACUGUAUUGGAAAUCGGUGCCAGUGUGAAUCACCAUAUUUUGGAAAAUUCUGUCAAAUGACACAGGAAUCUAGAAGUAGUAGAAAUUCAGUUUGCAAACAGAGUCCUACAUCACCUGUCUGCUCAAAUAGAGGUAACUGUGUCCAAGGCUUCUGCAAAUGUAGUACCAAACCUGGAACUAAUCAGGCAUACUCUGGCAUGUAUUGUGAGUGUGAUGAUUUCAGCUGUCCUACUACAAAUGGAAAGAUUUGUGGAGGUAGAAGACAGGGAAUCUGCCAAUGUGGCAAGUGCAAAUGCCAUGAUAAUUACAAAGGCAAAGCCUGUGAAAUAGAUCAACCGUCUCUCAACUGCAUCUCACGAAAAGGCGUCUGCAGUGGACGAGGUUACUGCCAAAAUAAUCGCUGUAUAUGUCAAGAUAAUCAUUUUGGCAAAACGUGUGAAUUCAGUUUGCAAUCAGAAAAAAAUCUUACAGCUAGAUGUAUCGAAGGUAACACUUCAAGUGUCUGUUCCGGCCGAGGAGACUGCAUUCUUGGACUGUGCCGAUGUCAUAAAUUUGGUUUGAAAACAUAUACUGGUCAGUUUUGUGAAUGUAAUGAUUACAGCUGUGAAUACUUUGAUGGAAAACUUUGUGGCGGUAAAAAACGAGGAGAAUGUGUAUGUGGAAAAUGUCAAUGCAAGAAAGGCUUUGAAGGUUCAAGUUGUUCUAUCACCAAAGCAACAGAUAGGUGUAUGGCAUCAAAUGGACUAUUAUGUAAUGGGAAAGGAAUCUGUACAAACAAUGUAUGCACAUGUGUAGGUACUUAUAAGGGACCAACAUGUGAAGAUUGCCCAACAUGUGUCAACAAGUGUGAGAGGAUGAAACAAUGUGUUUUAUGCAAGGUCUUUGGCACUGGUACUCUAACAUUUGAACAAUGUAUAAAGUGUGCCCCAAUCCACUUAGUUGACAGUUUGGAUGAUAUAUACACAAAAAAGACAAGACAUCUGUGUUUAUUUAUUGAUGAUUAUGAUGACUGUAAAGUAAGGUUUGCCCUUGAACAACGUCCAAAUAAUAAAAUGAAAACCUAUGUCAUUCGCAGGAAAGAAUGUGAAGCUUAACAGAAAGAAAAUUUCCAACAUUAAUAAUGAUGAUAAUAUUAACAAUAUGAAGCUCCAGAGAUUGUUACAUAUAUAUCCUGAUGAUUCCUUAUUUUGAUGAUACUGCUGAUGGUGACAAUGGCAACAGCAAUACAUUGUUAAACCAAUAUAUAUAUGUAUAUGUAAUAAUUCAAAAAGAUGUAUUGAGACUCUCCUUAUUUCUAACCCCAAAUUAAAUUAAUCAAACUACAAGAAAGAUGAUGAACAGUUUACAAAAUAUAGUUUAAAUAUGUUUUUUUCUGUUUGUAGCUACUGCAUAGGGCAGAAGGCACGCUUCCAGCAAACCUAGUUUGCUACACAAUACCAGUAAUUAUUUGAGGUUGUUUCUUUAGACUUAUGCUAUCACUUCAAUUGAGAAAGGCAUGAAUUCAUCACAACAUUCAGUUUGUCCAUCCUUUAAAAUAUAAUAAGGCCUGUUUAUCUGUGUGUAUAUGUGUGUCUGAUCAAAAUAAGCCUAUACUUGAGUUUUUAGUUUCAUUGUAGCAUGAUAAAAUCUUGAUAAUAAAAUAGAAAAAUACUUGAAUGUAAAACAUAUUCUAUGAAAUAAAAAAAAUACAAGUAUGUCAGCAACUGUCAGUAUAAUUGCAUAUAUGGACGUUUGACAGAGAAAGAAAGCAUUGUAUUUUUAUAAAUCCUUUCACUCAACUGCAAACUAUAUCAAUGUAUUUUUCAACCCGAUUUUGCACAGGCGAAUAACUUUUUGUUUUUCUUUUUAGAAUUGGGUAUUUUUUUUGUUAUGUUAUGUUAUGUUAAAAAUGCUGGUCCCACUACUAACAUCUCAAGUGUCCAGGUGAAAGUGGACCCUACCAACAGUAAGACUAACAGAGUUAUGUUUCUUGUGCAGGAUCAUGGCACAGAGACUGUAACACUUAAAGUUUGAACUUAUGUGCAUGUGAUCAACAAUUUACUCCCUUAACUUCACAAACGUUAAUCCACUCAUUAUUUUAGUAGUUGAGUAAAUACUUUUAAAUAUCAACAUA